AUGGCAUUCUCCGGAGACCCCAACGACAAGUGGCCAUUGGGACUUCAUGGUGAGACUUUAAUAUGGGAUAUCGUGAAUAAUCUAUGCAAUGACUAUCGGCUCCUCACCAAGCAUCGCGUCGCAUUGCCUGUUGUCGCGUAUUUUGCGUCGAGGAUCUCCCUAUUGGUUUUUGCUGUAGGGAGAGCAUCCGUCGAAACGGAUACUUGCAGGAAGCUUGUUUUGAUAUUCUGGUCGGUCUUCGCAGUUUGCCUGUGGUUUACGUCGCUGCUCUUCUACCUCGCCAUGGACGGAAUGACAUGCUUCGUGCCAACCAUGCUCGACGCUGUUGACAUCGGACCUACGAAACACUACUUCGAACUCAUCGUGCAAGACCUGCCGCAAGUCUCAUCCCUCAUUGCGUACCUCAUCAACGACACCACAUCGUACCGAUUUCUAUCAGCCCUGUAA